AUGGUGAGAAUCAAGCAACAAGCUUUCAAAUCGAGGUCACCCCCGAAGACCGACGAGUCACCGCCUGCUUUGCCACCCAAAUCGCCGCCAGUGUCACCAUCGGACGCCGCUAAAACGCCGCUCGCAACACCGCUGUCCUUAUCUCGGCCUGAAACCGAGCCGAACCCGGUGAACCCAUCGCCGUCAGCCGCCGCACAAUCGUCACCACCAAAGUCCCCGCCGGCCACUCCCUCAACAGCAACACAGAAACGAGCCCGGUCACACCAAACCAACCCCCGUCCACUUCAACCGAGUCACCGGCUGACGAUCCCACGCUGCCAGUCACCCGAACCCGAGCCUCACCGGAGGACUUGUGCCUAA